GCAUCGGCAGUCGCUAUAGUCGCUACCAACCGGCCGAGUGCGUCCCAAAACUCGACACGACGCGGCCGUCCGUCGUUUCUUUAUUCUCGCGAUACGAGUUCGCGCGCGCGUAUAAUAUCGCAGGCACUGCGCGCGACCGGCUUCAAUAAUAAUACUAUACUAUUAAUUUUUUAUUUAUUAACAACUGUGCCCGGCGAUACCGAGCCGGUGCGUCCGUUGGCCGUCUGUUUUCAUACGUACGAUUCAACAUUUUCGGUCCGUUUAGUACGACGGCAAUAACAGAUAUAGAAUAAUAUAGUUAUCGCAAUCACGCCGCCGCUGCCGCGUAAUCCAACUAUACCCACAAGAAACGCACAGGAGAGCGCCCAGCAGACGCUGUCAUGACUCAUGGUGUUGCCGUCAAACGUCCGGACGAAACAUGGACACGGCCUCCGACAUAAGUCAGAUUGAUGAUGAAAUAAUCAGAUUAAAAAAUGAACUGUCUAGAACAAAAAAUGCAUUGACCAGUCAAAUUCUCAAACGACAUCAGCUAGUGGCCGAACUGUCACUGAAAGUUGACAAAAAAAACAAUCAGCUAAAAGAAAUUCAACGUUCAAAUUUCAACGAUCUAGGCAAAGUGUUGAGGUCACUGUACGUGUUCGAGUCGAGAUUAAGAAAAGAACAACAGCAAAUCAGACGACAGUUAGGGGAGAGAGAUUCGGUGAUAAGGCAACAACAAAUAGAAAUUGCAAAAUUGAGACAGAAUCUAGCGCAUUAUUGUCAUAAAAAUGAGCCGCGAGAAGAUACGGAAAUUUCAAUUUCAAAGCCCGACUUGAUCACAUCUAUCUCAUCAGAAUCACACUUAAACGAGCAUAUAAAAAAUAACGACGGAGAUUCUUCUUCCAAUUCGGAAAAACUCGUAGUGCUACCGCCGAAAUUGGAGGGACCGAGGAAAAAUGUGUUACCGGUUGACACUCGUAUCAAAAAAAAUUCAAAAAACAAUAUAAAUUUUAACAAGAACGUGUACAGUAAGACAGUUACGGACUUGUCUCUCAAUGACAUAUCGUCGUUUCCAAACCCAACACCCAAUAACAACUUAUUUGUUGUGUCUAACUCUAUUUUCUCGAAAAACGAGUUUACAUACAAUGAAGUCUCUAAAGAGGUGAUAACUUCGGUGAAGCAAAACGGCAAGAUAAUCACAUCCGCGCUUAAGAAGGCGGACAAGUACCCGUCACCGAAGACGGUGCACUUUGGCAAAACGACUCAUAUACCAGAGCCCGACGAAGACGGCCAGACGGACAUCGUGAAGACGGUGGAGACGCUAUUGCUGCAGCAGUGCGGUGACUCGACUGAAUCGGAAAAUGACACGUCGAGCACGGCGUCCACGGAAACGUCGCCCAGCGUGUCGCAGAUGGUCAGGAAGUUUGAGAGCAUAUGCACUACGGCGGCCACGACUUCCGGUUCGGCGACGGUGUCGGAGUCGCACGGCGCCGACGGGAGGUCUUCGACUCCGGCGGAUGACCGCGGUGGUGGCGGAAGUGACGGGAGCUACAUCGCGGACGCCGACCUCAGGACGGCAGCUGAGCUGGACGUGAGGACCGACUCGGAGCCUGACGUGUGCGCCGGUGGCUGCGCGGCUGUGUCGCUGAGCGAUCUGGACCCGCGGAACAACUUCGAGGAAUUCCGGUUCGAAGACAGCGACCUGGACAAGGAUUACGGUUGUGGCCGGCCUGAAGCGGACGGGCUCGAGUACCCGACUCGACACGGUUCGUCGUCUUCGUCGUCGUCCGUGGCCGCGGCCGUCUCGGCGGCCGCGGUAAUUCUGCGGUCAACAGGGGACGACGGGGGCUGCUGCGCGGCCGGCCGGGUGAACUACGAGUCGUUCCUGGAAGUGACCGGGCUCAGCCAGAAGUCCAUCAUCACGGUGCAGUCGAACAGGAACGCGUACGGGUCGCACAGGAACGUGCAGAAGCCCAAGGACGUGAAGAGCAGGAACCGGGCCAAGUCGGCGUCGUUCGACUGCAAGUCCGCGUACCCGGCCGCCGUCAAGUACUGGACGGAACCCUAUCUCUGAGAGACGGCCACCAUACCUAGUUACCUAUACCUAUUUACUUUAUUUACCUGUGCACAUACCUAUUUAGUAUUAUGUUAUAAUAUUAUAUUAUGUUUUAUUUAUUUUAUUUUUUUGCGCUAAGAGAAUAUUUUUAUAAUAUGCGUUGUUUAUCUUUGAUAUUGGACUUUUAUUUCACGAUGGUCACGUGUUUGUUUCGCAUAAAUCCAGUGUGCGUGCAUAGUGACCUAACAGGAAUAUUAUAUUAUUAUUAUUAUUAUUAUUAUUAUUAUUUUAAUUAUUUUUAUGUUUAAGUUUAACCAAGCACUGAUAAAAUACAUUUGAGCCUGCGGUUAACGUCGAGUAUAAUCAAAACAUUAUUAUAUAGUAUCGUCAUAACCCGGGUUAACGUCAUAAACUCGAGUUUUUGAAUUAAUAAAUAAAAAAAAAAGUUUGUCCGCUCGCGAACGACGUGUGGAGUGUAUUA